AUGUAAGAAAACAAUGAAUAAGCGUUAGACGAUCUGAGCAAAGAAGUAUUAGUUUCAUAAUUGAAGGAUAAAAUAAAGGAAAAUAAAACCAUCACCAAAAAAUUAGAUAAAUUAUCUGAGAAAUAUGUUUAGACCUAUAAGGAAUAUAAAUUAAUAGCAAAGGACAGAGAGACUUUGUUUUAAGCGAUCUCAUCAGUUUUGAAUGAUGAACUUUACAAAUUUGAAUCGAAGCCUUUGGGAUAAUUUGAUCAAAAUCAAAUUCUGGAUUUAUUUAAGCAAAAGGAUGAAGACAAAUCUAAAGCCUUAACAAAUCUGAUUAAAGAAACUAAUAAUGAAAAAUUUCAAUUAGAAGAGAAAUAUCGUUAGAUGAUAGAGAAACAAGGGUAAAACACUGAUCAAAAGACUCAAUAAAUAAUCAAGCAACUAAAGCAGCAAAUAAAUGAUCUAGAUGUCAAUAAUACGAGAUUGGCCAAAGAGAUCAUAGAACUUAAUGACAUUAUACAGAUUAAAAAUUAGCAAUUGCAAACUCUUCAUUAAUUGGAAGAAGACAAUGCUAAUUUGAAAACCUAACUAAUGGUCUAAGAAUUACAAUUGCAAUAGCCAGAUAGAGCAAACAAAAUAAACUCCUCAGAUCUUAUGAAUGAAUAAUUAAAGUUCAAAUAAUAGAUUGACAAACUCUUGGAAGAGAUUCAAAAACAGAAUAUUAAAAUCUAAGAUUUGGAAUCGUAAUUGUAAUCUAAAUAAAAAGCAGAGGCUGUUAAGGUUAUUUAAAAGAGUUACGAAACUCCAACUCCUGAUUAUGAUGAAAUUAAUCCAUUUGAACAAGAUGCUGCUUUAAAACAAUAAGACAUAAUUAUAAACAAACAGAUAUCAAAUAAAUAGAUAUAAACAGAUCAAACUAUAUAGAAUAAAGAGGAAAGUGGUGAUAGCAGAAAUGUUAACUUUGAAUAUUUAAGGAAUGUAGUUUACAAAUACUUUUUGUAUUAAGAAACUAGAAAUUAUAAGGAGGCAACUAUUUUAAUGAAUGCUAUUAUGACAAUAUUGAAGAUGUCAAAUGAAGAGAAGAGGAGAAUAGAUUAGGCCAGAGAGAGGGGUUUUCUUAAGAAUGCUAAGAAUCUCAUCAGUGAUAGUUUCGCAUGUCUCAAGUAGCCUCAAUUGAACGAUAUGAAUUUGGAUAGACCUAUUAGUAGAGUUGAGUAAAUGAAUAAACAUAUGAUGAAUUGA